CAGACUAUGCAAAUGUUAAUUUCCCUACCGUUGACUGUGCCACGCUGAUUUAGAGACGAGAGACAAGAGAAAGCAGCAGCGGUUGGUCCUGAACUUAAAGGAAAGAAGGUACGAGGUUGAAUUGUCCCUCAUAAGAAUCACACCAAUAACAAACACAGCUGUGAACCAUGUGGAUCUUUAAAAGAAAGAAUAAUGAGGAAAAUCAUGUACUACAGGAAAGCCUCCUUACAAGUUCAGCAUCCUUCCUAGAGCUCUACAGUCAACGUCAAGACGACCUUGUUCGGGCCUCAGACGGCCUCAGACAGUUGGCCGUCCAAAUUUGUAAGAAGAAGAAGAAGGAAGAGAGAUGGGACAAAGCAUCCCGAGCUCUGUUUGGAGCAUUAGCUGGAGGGGCACUUGGUGCGGCACUUGGUGCAACCAUAGGAGCAAUAGCCGGCGGAGCAAGCAGUGCUGUUGGCACAGACGGUGUAGUCGCUUUUGACUGUUCUUGCUCUGAUAUUAAUGCAGUUGGUGUUAGUAUCGGUUUUGUAGGCGGUGUAAUUGGGGGCGCAGUCGGCGGCACGUUUUCUGGUGCCCUUGGCGGUGCCAUUGGAGCCGCAGCAGAGGCAACUGGUCAUCCGAUUCAAAGUGACAUCUAUGAUCAAGCAUGGGUCACCAUUGGUGGUGCAACCGGUGGUGCAAUAGCAUAUAGCAUAUUUGGGGAGACAGUUGGGGCAACAGGUGGAGCAAUUGGAGGUGCAUUCGGGGGAUUCUGUGGUUUGAGAGUCGCUGUUGGUGCAGUGAGAAGCCUGAAUUAUAACGUUAAAGAAAUACGCAAAACACAACAAUCAGAAACCCAACAAGCAGAGAUCCAAAGAGUGGAGGUUUUACAGAAGACUGGGCAGGAUUACCAGGAGACUAUUAAACCACUUCUGGAGGAACUCAACAGAAUCAAAACCAUUAGUAAGAAAAUGGAGUGGAGCGCCUGUGUUGGCAGUGUCGCUGGACAAAGUACAAAGACUCUUACUGCUCUAGCAACGACGGAGAAAGUGCUCAGUAAGAUUCAGACGACCAAAGAUGAGGCUAAAAUGAUGUCCUGGAUUGAAGAGGCGGCUCAGAAAAGCACUCAGAUCACUGAGGAGCUGCAGAAGAUGAAAGCGGAGGUUGAGAAGCUUUUGGCUUCACUGAGGAAAUGUUGACUGUAAAUAUUCAACCUCAUUUCCAGAAGAGUUGGGAUGCUGUGUAAAAUGUAAAUGAAGAAUGCAAUGAUGUACAAAUUUGAUGGCAGAAACAUGUCUUUAAGAAGUUGGAGAGCGAGAACAAAUACUGGGAAAGUAAAUGGUACGAAAAAGAAACAGCAGGA